AACCACUUCGAUGUCUCUCAGUCUGAUUGAACUUAAUAUCUUCUACUGCUAAUCUUUGUUUGGGUUAAUAGAUUUUGCCUGAAGGAAAUACCUGCAUCUCAGAAAUGAUGUGUACCAAAGACUGGACGAAUGGGCAUACAAGGAGAAAACUAGAUGAGUUUGAGACUAGCUGCCCUAAACUAAUGGGAGAAUGGGCAUACAAGGAGAAAACUAGAUGAGUUCGAGACUAGCCGCCCUAAACUAACGGGAGAUAAAGCGAGCAAUUUGGGAUUAGCCGCCAUAAACUAUUGGCAGAUCUCAGAUCUCCAUGAUUUUUACUUUAAAAGAUCUCAGAUCUCCACACAGAAUGAACGUGGAUCAGAGGAACUUGAUCAAGAGUUUUGACUUCCUCAAGUAGGAGCUGGCAGAGUGGAACUCAGCUCAGCAUCUCCUUACUAUACAUAGGCGACUACAUGCUCAAUCAACAGUAGCCACACCUCCUCUGCUCUUUGAAACGCGCGAACCAGCAGGCUCAUCUCAUCUGCUGGUGGUAGUGCUGCCCCACAAUGGCUAGAGCUGCACCGCUUCCUGUCGCGCUGCUGCUGUGCCUUGCGCUGGCCGGCAGCGCCAAUGCUGAGCGGAAGCCGGUCGGUUUCUACGGGCUCAAGAACAAGAAAGGGGAUUUCUCCAUCAAGGUCACCAACUGGGGAGCCACCCUCGUCUCUGUCCUCGUCCCUGACUGCCAAGGAAACUUGGCUGAUGUUAUCCUCGGGUACGACACCCUUCGUGGAUAUGUUAAUGGCACCGGCUCAUUCGGUGCCACGGUCGGGCGCGUGGUGAACAGAAUCGCCAAAUCCCGCUUCGUGCUCGACGGGAAAGCCUAUCGUCUCUUCCGUAACGACGGCAAUAACUCCAUUCACGGCGGGCACAGGGGGUUCGGCAAGGUCAUUUGGACCGUGAAGGAGUACGUGCGCGACGGUGACACUCCGUACAUCACCUUCUUCUACCACAGCUUCGACGGAGAGCAAGGAUUCCCGGGCGACCUGGACGUGUACGUGACGUACCAGCUCUCCGGCCCGUACGAGCUCAGCAUCCGCAUGAACGCCACGGCCACGACCAAGGCGACGCCGGUGAACCUCGCGAACCACGCGUACUGGAACCUCGCCGGCCACGGCAGCGGCGACGUCCUCGAGCACGAGCUCCAGCUGCUCGCCUCGCGCUACACGCCGCUCGACGACACCAAGAUCCCGACGGGCCAGGUGGUGCCCGUGGCCGGCACCAUGUACGACUUCCGCACGCCGACGCCCGUGGGCGCGCACAUGGAGAUCGUCCCCGGUGGCGGCGGCGGCUACGACAUCAACUUCGCCGUGGACGGGCAGCAGGACGCGAUGCGGAAGGUCGCGUUCGUCCGGGACCCGGAGUCGGGGCGGGCGUUGGAGCUGUGGGCGAACCAGCCCGGGGUGCAGCUCUACACCUCCAACUGGGUCAGCAACGAGAAGGGCAAAGCCGGGGAGGUGUACGAGCAGUACGGCGCGCUGUGCCUGGAGACGCAGGCGUACCCCGACGCCGUCAACCACCCUGAGUUCCCGUCGUCCAUCGUCAGGCCCGGCCAGGUGUACAAGCACGGCAUGCUCUUCAAGUUCUCCAAUUAGGUCAUGUGCUAUGCCUGAUUGGCGCUGUAUGGGUCGUUAUCCUCUCUUGAGUAUCCUCAUUGCAAUGAAUCCAGUCUUUAUCUUUUGAGUAAAAUGCACUUCUGGUUAUUGGACUUAUUGUAUACGCUCACUUUGGUCACUGUACUCAGGAAUACAGUCAAUACGGUCACUACAUA